AUGCAGCAUAAUUCAGAGGAAAUAAACAAUAUGAUAAAAAAAUUUGAAUCUGAAGCAAUAGAAUUGGAGCAAAAGUACGAACAAAAAUUAACAAGUCAAUAUGAGUCCUUAAUAUUGAAACAUCGUAUGGAGAUAACUGAAGUAGAGGAGAGGAAGAAUGCGCAAAUUGCGAAUCUGAUAAAGAAUCACGAGAAUGCAUUUACCGAAAUGAAAAAUUAUUACAAUGAUAUCACUCUGAAUAAUUUAUCGUUAAUUAAGAGUAUAAAGGAACAAAUGGAAAUGAUGAAAAAUAAUGAAGAACGUAUGAAGAAACAAGUACGAGAAUUAACAACAGAAAAUAAAAAAUAUUUGACUGACUUGAAAGCUUUGCAGGAAACGAUUACCGAACUUAAUCGUCAACUUGCAAAUUAUGAGAAAGACAAGCAAUGCUUAGUUAACACAAAACGAAGAUUAUCCGUAGUGAUGAAGGAUUUAGAAAAUUUAAAAUGGGAAAAUGAAGUUCUCGAGCUGCGUUUUGAAAAAUGCCAAUCCGAAAGAGACGAGUUACAUUCUAGAUUUGUGUCGGCUAUAUUUGAGCUGCAACAAAAAACGGGUUUAAAGAAUGUACUCUUAGAAAAAAAAUUAGAAAAGUUAUCGGAUUUGCUAGAGCAACGUGAAGCGCAGAUUAGCGAAGUGUUAGCUGCUGCUCAAUUAGAUCCUGCGGCAGUGGUUAAUAUGAAUAAAAAAUUAGAGGAUAUGCUCAAUAGAAAAAAUACUGCAAUACAAGACCUACAAUAUGAAUUAGCAAAAGUAUGUAAAGCACAUGACGAUUUGUUAGCAGUUUAUGAGAGUAAAUUGCAAGAAUAUGGAAUUCCCAAAACUGAACUUGGAUUUCAACCUUUGAGAAUGAAGAUAAAUGGUGCGAAAUUGGGUUUAGGUCCAGCUGGUCUCGUUACCGCAAAUCAGUAA